AUGCCUGAGAAUACGGCCCGCCCAGCUCGGGAACCUGCAGCCAAGGGUAAAUCCCGUAAGACGGAGCCCAGCGCGGCGCCAAUCCGGAAGCGCCGCAAGAGAACGGUCGUGAGCGGUGCUCCCGAUGACUGCUUUGCAUGCGCCAAACGAGGAGCCCGGUGCGACCGGCGCCGGCCCUACUGCUCCCAGUGCCUCGAGAUGGGUCGCGAAUGCUCUGGAUACAAGACCACUUUGACAUGGGGAGUGGGAGUCGCAAGUCGAGGCAAGCUGCGAGGUCAGAAAUUGCCCGUCAUGGAGGCUGAAGGGGAUGCGUCGGCGAGUACCUCCAAAGGAGCACAGCGCACGAUUGCAUCGAGCAGCCAGAGUCCGCCCUCGUCGCAGAUACCGUCAAAUCCGCCUCCGCUAUCCGCCGUGGCACCUCCGGCGGGGAUGACUGACCACAUGGAAGUGUUCAACUCGAUCGAGACGGAUCCGAUGCAACCGUCCGCCAUGGCGACAGUACCAGAUAUGUCGGCAAAUAUGGCCUGGGCUAUGGACAUGCCUGAUCCACAUACAUGGUCCAAUAUCCCGGUUGCGCCGCCUGAAAUAUCGGGACUUCCUGUGCCUACUCGACCAAUGCUCGCCAAUCGCUCCAGUCCCAGCAUCAAUUCGGAAGCUUCAAUGCAGUAUGCGCCAACAUUGAGCCCUGAGACCAGUUUUGCUGCUCCCAUUUGGCCAGUUGCUCAAAAUUGGGGCCCAAACGCGACUUCACCAUCACAAGACGUGGACGAGGAGUAUCAACAAGAAGACCCCAAACGCUCGAUUUUGUGGGACUCGGGUCAUCGCCCGUCAUAUUCGCAGAUGCUACUGGCAAGAUCGGUCGGGCGGACCCCUCGUCUACGGUACUUGAUCAGUUAUUUCGCUGAGGUCAUUGCCCCCAUGAUUGUCGCCUUCGAUACUCCUUCGAAUCCCUUCCGCAUUCAAAUUCUCCGUCUGGCUCAGGAUAGUCCUGCUUUACAAGAGGCCAUCGCAACCUUGGCGACAAGCAAUCUGCGUCAGCGUCGGGAACGAAAUCACACGUCCACCGAGAGAACAUUGCCUGCACGCAUGUCUUCGAUGGCCCAUCGGGCGCUUACCGACGACGCAUUCCAAGAUCGAUAUGGUAUUUCGGUCCCCGAGGGCUAUGCCAGGGAAGAGAACCACCAUCGGGGAAUGGCCGUGAAGGCCUUGAAUGCCGACCUGGCCGAUCCUCGCCGCAGACUAUCAGACUCGGUAUUAGCCACGUUACUGAUUCUUUGUCUGUUUCAUGGUUGCGAUACCGGUGUGGCCGAGUUUCGGACGCAGUUUGCAGGAGUCACACGACUCCUUGCCAUUCGCAUGCGCCAUUCCCCUAUCAUAUCCGACGAUCUCAAAUGGUUUAUCCGUAUGUUCUCGUGGUUCGAUACCCUGACCGCGACCACGAAUGAUCGCGAUGUGCAGCUUCGCGGGAAAUGCUUGGAGAUCAGCUCAAUUACCGACGGAGAAUGGGGUCUCGAAAAUCUGGCCGGUUGUGAUGGGCGUUUAUUCAAGCUGAUCUCCCAGCUCAGCCGUCUCAAUCUGCUCAGUCAGGAUCAACAACCGGCCGAGUCUCGCCCUGCCGACGUAACCACUCCCACUGCUUCGCUCCCUCCGAAUAUGGUGUUCCCUGGCUGGGACACCGUCACUCCAGGCGUUGCUCAUGGGUCUAUAUCAGGCCAGGGAUAUGGCUCUUCAAUACCAACUCCCCCGCAAAGCGGGGAUCAAGCCAGGAGACCAUCCUCUCCCGCAUUCUGGACCGAAUGGUACUCACUCCGACAACGUCUCGAAUCUUGGCGAUUCGAUCCACCUGACCAAGCUUCCUUCCCUUCUCCGCCUCUAUCUACUGCAAACUUAUCCUGGAACCCACCCAACUUUAUAUCCGCACCCGCCACCCCCUCAAUGACAUACCAAGUGGCCCCCGAGAACCUCCAAGAUAUCUAUCAAAUAUCUGAAUGCUUCCGGCACGCCGCACUGCUCUACUGUGAACGACUCGCCGAACCAAGCCUCCCAUCCCGACAUCCACGAAUCCAGCACCUCGUCCACCUCGCCAUGCACUGCCUCUGCGCCGUCCAGUCCGACGUAUACCUCCUCUGGCCGCUGUUCAUCGUGGGCUCAGAAUGCGUCCAAGAAGAUCACCGAGCUAGCAUUCGCGCCCGCUGCAAGGAUAUCUCCAAGGACUCGGGCUUCGUAAAUAACCUCUCCUGCCUGGAACUGCUGGAAAAGAUCUGGGCAGAUCACUCUGACGAGUCAUCUUACCCCGUGUACCCUUCUGAGAUGGGUCCCCCGCCGCCACUGGAUGCUAGCGGUCGUCCGGUUCCGUCGCAGGCUUUCCGUUGGUCGCGCGUGAUGCAGGCCAAACGGGGUGGUGGGGAGUAUAUGGUGGUGUAA